CGGGAGCUGGAUGCGUCCCGCCAUGCAAAAGAUGCUCUUAGCCUUGCCCAGAUGCAGGAACAGACCUUGCAGCUGGAACAGCAAACUAAGCUUAAGGAGUAUGAAGCUGCCAUAGAACAGCUGAAGAAUGAGCAGAUUCGGGUACAGGCAGAAGAGAGAAGAAAAACACUCAGUGAAGAAACCAAACAGCAUCAAGCACGAGCCCAGUACCAGGACAAGUUGGCACGGCAGCGCUACGAUGAGCAGAUGAGACAGCAGCAACUUGCCAAUGAAGAGAACCUGAGGAAGCAGGAGGAGUCUGUGCAGAAGCAGGAGGCCAUGAGACGUGCCACGGUGGAGAGGGAGAUGGAGCUGCGGCACAAGAACGAGCUGCUGCGCGUGGAGGCCGAGGCCAGGGCGCGCGCCAAGGCGGAGCGGGAGAACGCAGACAUCAUCCGCGAGCAGAUCCGCCUCAAGGCCGCCGAGCACCGCCAGACCGUCCUCGAGUCCCUCAAGACAGCUGGGAUGCUCUUUGGGGAAGGAUUCCGUGCCUUUGUCACAGACUGGGAUAAGGUUACAGCCACGGUGGCAGGCCUGACCCUGCUGGCAGUGGGUGUUUACUCUGCCAAAAAUGCCACAGCAGUAGCAGGGAGGUACAUAGAGGCACGUUUGGGUAAACCUUCCCUGGUGAGAGAGACCUCACGUAUCACUGUGCUGGAGGCUCUGAAACAUCCCUUCAAGGUUGGUAAACGUCUUACCAGCAAGGCUCAGGAUGCCCUUGAAGGAGUUGUUCUCAGUCCCCAGUUAGAAGCACGUGUGAGAGACAUUGCCAUAGCAACAAGAAACACAAAAAAGAACAAAAGCCUCUACAGGAAUAUCCUCAUGUAUGGUCCCCCUGGCACUGGGAAGACUCUUUUUGCCAAGAAAUUAGCUGUGCACUCAGGCAUGGACUAUGCCAUCAUGACAGGAGGGGACGUGGCCCCCAUGGGCCGGGAAGGGGUCACAGCCAUGCACAAACUCUUUGACUGGGCCAACACCAGUAGGAGAGGCCUCUUGCUGUUUGUGGAUGAAGCAGAUGCAUUUCUGAGGAAAAGGGCAACAGAGAAAAUCAGUGAAGACCUCAGAGCAACUUUAAAUGCAUUUCUGCACAGAACAGGGCAGCACAGCAACAAGUUUAUGCUUGUUUUAGCAAGCAACCAGCCUGAGCAGUUUGAUUGGGCCAUCAAUGACAGGAUAGAUGAGAUGGUGAACUUUGAUCUGCCCCAGCUGGAGGAACGUGAGCGACUCGUCAGGAUGUACUUCGACCGGCACGUGUUGAAGCCAGCCACAGAGGGCAAACAGAGGUUGAAGUUGGCCCAGUUUGACUAUGGGAAGAAGUGCUCGGAGAUCGCCAGGUUGACCGAGGGCAUGUCUGGCAGGGAGAUCUCCCAGCUUGCUGUGGCAUGGCAGGCAGCAGCAUAUGCCUCUGAGGAUGGUGUUCUCACCGAGGCCAUGAUCGACGCCCGCGUGGCUGACGCUGUGCAGCAGCACAAGCAGAAGAUGGAAUGGCUGAAAACAGAAGGUGCUGAAGCAACCAAAGGGACUGACAGGGACCCUCUCCUGCCUUUCCCCAAAGGGACACCAGUGUGA